GUGUACGUUGCUGUUUUACUGUAGUGCUAAGAUUACAUUUGAUUGCGUAUACAUGUAUGUGUGGCAUCACAUGGUCUAAUAUCUUCAUGUCUGUUUACUUUAGUGUUUUACCCCCUUAUUUAUAGACAAUUCAGAAAUGGUUUAGUGAGUCUAAUGACCAUCAAAAGAACAAGAUGCUUCUUAACUUGCUGGACCAAUGUAACUGUGCUCAGUUGCACCUGUUAUCAAUACAUAUGGAACCAAAUCUCCAUGGUCUGUGUCCUCUGAAUUGUCAAGAUCUACUAUCCUGGCUUCCUUCAAAUCUAGCAUUUUUUAUACUUUCAUUUUUAGAUCCAGUAAGUUUAUGCCGAGCAUCACAAGUAUGUCGCAUUUGGUAUCACAUGGCUAAUGACUGCAGAUUAUGGAUGAAAUUUUGCAGGUUACGUGUAUGGCAGCUAUCUCAGACAGGAGAAGACAAGCAACGGAACAAGCAUGUUUCCGUGGAUGGAAGAAUAAUGUGGAAAGCCAUGUUCAGUGAAGGUUUACGGGAUUCGAAGGACUGGUGGCUCACAAGGGUUUUUUGUUUGUUGUUUGUACACGUGCGAACCUUUGAGGGCACACACAAGGUAUUUCUUGCAUUCAGUUCGAUGAUACGAGGAUCGUCAGUGGAUCCUGGGAUAAAACUAUUAAGGUGUGGAAUCGACGCACAAAUACUGCUUGGGCUGCCCUGACUCUUACCGGUCAUUCUGGCACUGUGCGAUGUCUCCACUUACAUGAUAACCGAUUGGUCAGUGGUUCAUCUGACAGAACCAUCAAGGUUUGGGACUUAUCGACAGACAAUGUUAAUUGGGUUGGAGCAACUUGUAGGAUCACCAUGGUUGGACAUAUGCACACAGUCAGAUGUUUGCAGGCGGACCAUGAAAAAGUUAUCAGUGGAUCUUAUGACAGCACGCUCAAAGUGUGGGACCUUAGUACUGGAGAAUGCUUACUUACUCUGAGAGGUCAUGGUGAUGCUGUUCUAUGUCUCCAUUUCCACGAGAAUAAACUCGUGUCUGGUUCUAAAGAUACAACCAUCAAGGUGUGGCAUCUUCCUGGAGGGUACUGCCAGUUGACUCUGCAUGGCCAUCAAGCCCCAGUGACCUGUGUACAAUUUGAUGACACAAGAGUUAUAAGUGGAGCUGUUGAUAGGCUUAUUAAAAUUUGGAGCCUUGAGACUGGCCAGUGUGUAAGAACAAUUGAUUGGAUUCGCUCAGAAGGACACACAGGAGUAAUACGGUAAGCCAUUUCUACAUACCAUAAUAUUAUGUUAAUAUAACGUUACAAAAUAAAUCUAUUUUAAAUGCAUUUCAGCGAAUCACGAAGCAGCCCGCUGUCUGGUUGCACA